ACGGCCUGUUUCCGGGAGGAGCGAGAUGUCCUAGUGAAGGGAGACAGCCGCUGGGUGACUGCUCUGCACUACGCCUUCCAAGAUGAGGAGUACCUGUACCUGGUGAUGGACUACUACGCUGGCGGGGACCUCCUCACACUGCUGAGCCGCUUUGAGGACCGCCUCCCACCUGAGCUGGCCCAAUUCUAUCUGGCUGAGAUGGUUCUGGCCAUCCACUCACUCCACCAGCUGGGCUAUGUCCACAGGGAUGUCAAGCCUGACAACAUCCUGCUGGACAUGAAUGGCCACAUCCGCCUGGCAGACUUUGGCUCCUGCCUGCGUCUCAACAACAAUGGCAUGGUGGAUUCAUCAGUCGCAGUUGGAACCCCGGACUACAUCUCUCCUGAGAUCCUACAGGCCAUGGAGGAAGGCAAGGGCCACUACGGCCCACAGUGUGACUGGUGGUCACUGGGAGUCUGUGCCUAUGAGCUGCUCUUUGGAGAAACACCCUUUUAUGCAGAAUCUCUGGUAGAAACCUACGGCAAGAUCAUGAACCACGAGGAUCACCUCCAGUUCCCCUCUGAUGUACCCGAUGUGCCUAGUAGUGCCCAGGACCUGAUCCGACAGCUGCUGUGCCGUCAGGAGGAGCGGCUGGGCCGUGGUGGACUGGACGACUUCCGGAAGCACCCUUUCUUUGAAGGGGUUGACUGGGAGAGACUGGCGACCAGCACAGCUCCCUACAUCCCUGAGCUUCGAGGGCCGAUGGAUACCUCCAACUUCGAUGUGGAUGAUGACGCCCUCAACCGUCCAGAGACGCUGCCACCAUCCUCCCACGGGGCCUUCUCAGGCCACCACCUGCCAUUUGUAGGCUUCACUUAUACCUCAGGCAGCCCCAUUGAUGAGAAGAGCUCUGAGCUAAUGGCUACCCCAGAGUGGAAGCUCCACUGUGUGGAGCUCAGCCAGAAGUGUCAAGAGGCCCUGCAUGGCCCAUUACAACCCCAGGAGCUGCUGCAGCUGCAGAGAGAAGUACAGGUUCUUCAGGAGAAACUGGCAGAGACACUGAGGGACAGCAAGGCCUCCCUCUCACAGACUGAUGGCCUCCAUGCUAGAAGCCCAGCCCCAGACGUCCAACUACAGCAGGAGAAGGACCGCCUCCAGCAGGAGCUGACUGAAGCUCAGGCUGCAUUGCGAGUGCGGGAUGCUGAACUGUGCCAAGCCCAGAACCGGCAGGAAGAAUUCCUGCAGAGGCUGUGGGAAGCCCAGGAGAGAGAGGCAGCCGCAGCCAGCCAGAUCCAGGCCCUGAGCUCCCAGCUGGAGGAAGCCUGGGUUGUCCGGAGAGAGCUUGAAGGCCAGGUGACCGCCCUGAGUCAGGAGGUGACAUGGCUCCAGGGACACUGUAAACAAGAGUCUUCACAGGCCAAGACCAUCCAUGCAGCCCCUGAGACCAACGGCGUAGGAUCUCCUGAGGGUCAAUCUCAAGAGGCCCAGCUGAGAAAGGAAGUGGCGGCUCUGAGGGAGCAGCUGGAGCAUGCCUGCAGCCAAGGGCUCAGUGUUGGGAAAGAGGAGGUUCUGUGCCGACUGCAGGAGGAAAACCAGCGGCUGAGCCGGGAGCAGGAAAGGCUGGCAGAGGAGCUGGAGCUGGAGCUACAGAGCAAGCAGCGUUUGGAGGGUGAACGGCGGGAGACAGAGAGCAACUGGGAGGCUCAGAUUGCUGACAUCCUCAGCUGGGUGAAUGAUGAGAAGGUCUCUCGAGGCUACCUGCAGGCCUUGGCUACUAAGAUGGCUGAGGAGCUGGAGUCUUUAAGAAAUGUGGGCACCCAAACACUCCCCACCCGGCCUCUGGACCACCAGUGGAAGGCUCGGAGGCUCCAGAAGAUGGAGGCCUCAGCCCGGCUAGAGCUUCAGUCAGCACUGGAAGCUGAGAUCCGUGCCAAGCAGGGUCUGCAGGAGCAGCUGACACAGGUGCAGGAGGCUCAGCGCCAGGCUGAACGCUGCCUGCAGGAGGCUGAGAAGCAAAGCCAAGCCCUGCAGCAGGAGGUGGCUGAGCUACGGGAGGAACUUCAAGCUCGAGGAUCAGGGGAUGCCAAGCCCUCUACCUCCCUCAUCCCUCUCCUGUCCUUCCGGAACACAGAGAAGGAUUCUGCCAAGGACCCUGGCAAUUCAGGAGAGGGCCCAAGGUCUGGAGCAGACGCAGAGCUGAGGCCAGAGGGCCGCCGCAGUAUGCGCAUGGGGAGUGUAUUCCCCAGGGUACCUACUGCCACUACUACCCCUGCAGAAGGUCCUCCUGCUAAGCCCGGCUCCCACACCCUGCGUCCCCGGAGUUUCCCAUCCCCUACCAAGUGUCUCCGCUGCACCUCGCUGAUGCUGGGCCUAGGCCGCCAGGGCCUGGGCUGUGACACCUGUGGCUACUUCUGUCACUCAACUUGUGCGUCACAAGCCCCACCUUGCCCUGUGCCCCCUGAACUCCUCCGCACAGCCCUGGGGGUGCACCCCGAAACAGGCACAGGAACCGCCUAUGAGGGCUUCCUGUCGGUGCCGCGGCCUUCAGGUGUCCGUCGGGGCUGGCAGCGGGUUUAUGCUGCGCUCAGUGACUCCCGCCUGUUGCUGUUUGAUGCUCCUGACCCUCGAGGCAGCCUGGCCAGCGGGGUCCUCCUGCAGGCCUUGGAUCUGAGGGACCCCCAGUUCUCAGCCACCCCUGUCUUGGCCCCAGAUGUCAUCCACGCCCAAUCCAAGGACCUGCCACGCAUCUUCAGGGUGACAGCCUCCCAGCUGACAGUACCACCAACCACAUGUACUGUGCUGCUGCUGGCAGAGAAUGAGGCAGAGCGGGAGCGUUGGCUCCAGGUGCUGGGUGAGCUGCAGCGGCUGCUACUGGAUGCCCGUCCGAGGCCCCGACCAGUGUACACGCUCAAGGAGGCCUAUGACAAUGGACUGCCGCUGCUGCCUCACACGCUCUGUGCUGCUGUCAUUGACCAAGAGCGUCUUGCCCUGGGCACUGAGGAGGGGUUGUUUGUGAUCCAUCUUCACACCAAUGACAUCUUUCAGGUGGGAGACCUCCGCCGGGUGCAGCGGAUGACUGUGAGCUCUCCCGCUGGCCUGCUGGUCGUGCUCUGUGGCCGUGGUCCCAGUGUGCGCCUCUUCGCCCUGGCUGAACUGGAGAACGCUGAGGUGGCAGGUGCCAAGAUCCCUGAAUCCCGAGGCUGUCAGGUUUUGGUAGCCGGCCGCAUCCUGCAGGCCCGGACUCCAGUGCUCUGUGUGGCAGUCAAACGCCAGGUUCUCUGUUACCAGCUGGGCCCAGGACCAGGGCCCUGGCAGCGCCGCAUCCGAGAGCUGCAAGCACCAGCUCCUGUGCAGAGCCUGGGGUUGCUGGGUGAUCGGCUCUGUGUGGGUGCCGCAGGCACCUUCGCUCUCUACCCACUGCUCAAUGAGGCUGCACCCUUAGCCCUGGGAACUGGCCUGGUGGCUGAGGAGCUGCCAGCGUCCCGUGGGGGCCUGGGCGAGGCGCUGGGUGCCGUGGAGCUCAGCCUCAGCGAGCUCCUGUUGCUCUUCGCCACUGCUGGUGUCUAUGUGGAUGGCGCGGGCCGCAAGUCACGAAGCCACGAGCUACUGUGGCCAGCGGCACCCACUGGCUGGGGUUACACAGCGCCCUACCUAACAGUGUUCAGUGAAAACUCCAUUGAUGUGUUUGACGUGAGGAGAGCAGAAUGGGUACAGACUGUGCCACUCAAGAAGGUAAGACCCCUGAAUCCAGAGGGCUCCUUGUUCCUCUAUGGCACCGAGAAGGUCCGCCUGACCUACCUCAGGAAUCCAUUGGCAGAGAAGGACGAGUUUGACAUUCCUGACCUCACGGACAACAGCCGGCGCCAGCUGUUCCGCACCAAGAGCAAGCGCCGCUUCUUCUUCCGGGUGUCUGACGAGCUGCGACAGCAGCAGCGCAGGGAGAUGCUGAAGGACCCUUUUGUGCGCUCCAAGUUCAUCUCACCGCCCACCAACUUCAACCACCUGGUACACGUGGGCCCUACGGAGGGAAGGCCCAGCACCAGGGAUGGGACCCGGGCUCAGGAACAGAAGAGCAGAGGUGCCCGCAGCUCUGGACCGCAGCGGCCCCACAGCUUCUCAGAGGCAUUUCGGCACUCAGUGUCCACGGGCAGUGAUAGUCUCCCUGGAGAAACAGACCCCCUGAAGAGGAAACCUUGGACAUCUCUGUCCAGUGAAUCAGUGUCCUGCCCCCAGGGGUCCCUGAGCCCUGCAGCAUCCCUGGUACAGGUGAGCCAAUGG